ACAAACAUACACGUAUGGGAUCGACAUUGUGAAGUUAAAAAAAUUAAACUCUUUAGUUACUUUUUCGAUUGUUGUGCUGAAUCUUAUAUUCUGUAAAUACAAAUAAAUGAGACUGAAAUAUUCAAAAUAAACAAUUACUAAUUAUCAAGUCGAUGUCAUAAGUGCCAGAUUCGUCAACUGUCAUCAUGUCACGAACAGGAACGAAACUUGAUACGAAAAAAGUGAACUCUGAACUAUUUACCCUAACAUACGGUGCACUUGUAGCCCAGUUGCUCAAGGAGUAUGAAAAUGUAGAAGAUGUUAACAAGCAAUUAGAGAGAAUGGGAUACAACAUGGGAAUUCGAUUGAUAGAAGACUUCCUGGCGCGAACCGGUUCUGGUCGAUGUUACGAUUUUAAAGAUACAGCAGAAAAGAUACAAAGUGGCUUCAAGAUAUUUCUUGGCAUAACACCAUCAAUAACAAAUUGGAGUCCGGCUGGGGAUGAAUUUUCUCUAUGUUUCGAAACAAAUCCAUUAACAGAAUUUGUAGAAUUGCCUGAUAACUGUUCAAACUUGAAGUAUUGUAACAUACUGACUGGUGUACUUAGAGGUGCCUGUGAAAUGGUACAAAUGGAAAUUGCAUGUUGGUUUGUGCAGGAUCAACUUAAAAAUGACAAUGUGACAGAGUUACGUGUCAAAUUUGUUAAGAGACUGGAGGACGCAAUACCAGCAGGCGAAGAUUAAAAUGUGCAUAUUGUCCAGAAUACAUAUAAACAUUGUAUGAUAUAUCUGUGUCCUUUCAUAUAUAUCGGUUUAAUAAUUUACGCAAUGAAAAAGAUAUAUUGUGUAUAGUAAUUAGUUAUGUAGUGUUUUAUUAUUUGCAUUCCGCAGAAUUUUGUUCAAAAAUAAUAUAAUUUUUUAUUUUUUGCGUAGCUUCUUAUCGUUGUAACAAUAAAAAACCUUUA